AAAUUAGUUUUUACUGUACGCAAACGAAUUUGAUUAAUGUUAUAAUGUCUAAGCUGAAAAAAGAUUCACCAUCAAAAGAAGAAACGGAUGAAGACUUUAUGACAAGAAUAACUCAGCCUAGAAUAUGGACCAUUUUCAAAUCAGAAUUCAUUUUUCAAGUAUUUAUUGAUGAGCGAUUCGAUGAAGUAUUAGAUAUGUUUAAAAACAAUUAUAUUUACGAAGAAUCAUUAUGUAGUAAUAACUCAUUGUCUUCAGAUCAAGAUUCAAUUGAUCAAUUUUUAUAUUUGAUUAAACAUUGGAUAUCAGAUACUCUAUCGUCAAUCGUGAUUGAAAAAAGUUCCGGGAAAUGUAUUGGAAUAAUUGUCUGCAGAUUUUGUUCGAUUGAAGAUAAUUCGUUGGAGUUUAGUAGAUUAAGAUUGUACGAGGGAGAAAAAUGGAAUACAAUACAGAAUUUUAAAAACUACUUGAGCCAAAAAGUUGACAUUUACAAAUAUUACAAAAGUGUAGCAUUCCUCAGAGUUUACGCUUGGUUUAUUCUUCCUUCAUAUAGAAGUCAAGGACUGGGUAAAAAAUUAUUGGAGUGUGUAAUCAAUCAGCAGUUACCUGAAAUGGUACAUUUAGGUUGCAGCGUAAUUUCUGGAAUAUUUACUAACAAAAAGAGUCAAGAAAUAGCGAGUUCUUUGGGGCUGAAAACGUUGUACGAAGUUAAUUACACCGAGUGGGCUAAUCAAAACAAGGUCGUUUUGACUGAGGACGUGAACAAUGAAAAUGCGACAGUAAGUGUAAUGGCUUGUCAAAUAAAUAAGAAAUGAAUACCUAUCUCUCUCACAAUAUUCAUAGAACUGUUUUAUUCAGGUAUAAGCAGUUUUU